AUGUCAGACAAGCCCUACAGUGAAAUGACUGAUGCCGAUUGGAAAGCAAAAGGUCUUUCAAAAGAAGCUAUCGCCGUCACAAGGCAUGCUGGAACUGAAAGACCGGGCACUUCGCCACUGUAUCAACAUAAAGAGAGCGGGGUCUAUCACUGCGUGUGCUGUGGUACUCCGCUAUUUAAAUCCGCUCAUAAGUUUGAAUCGAGCUGUGGAUGGCCGGCGUUUUACGCAGACAGCUUCGACGCCAUGAUUGAAAAGGUGGAUAUGUCGCAUGGCAUGAAACGAGUUGAAGUGCUGUGCAAAACGUGUGGAGCUCAUUUAGGCCAUAAAUUCGACGACGCUAUGCAUCACAACAAAACGGUUCCAGUUGAUACUCGCUACUGCAUAAAUGGAGUUUCUCUAGAGUUCCAGAAAGCUACUUGA